AUGGACAAGGGUACGCGGUUGUAUAGCCGUCUGGCCCGUCUCUACCAGUCCGCCUUGGCUUCCGCCCGCCAGCAGCACCGUGGGCUGGAUCUGUCUGGUGUUCGGGUCUGUACGGUGGACGGGUACCAGGGGACCGAACGAGCUAUCAUGUUCUUCGACAUGGUGGUUACGGACCGCAUCGGCUUUGUCAAGAACGCGAACCGCCUUUGUGUCGCCUUGAGCCGUGCGCAGGUCAAUCUGUACGUUCUUGCCAGCGACGGUGCAAUGCGACAAGGCUUGGCGAAGCGGCGUAAGAACAAGGACCCCUGUACUCUUGCACGGUUGUUGACUUAUGUGCAGAAGAAGAGCUGGGUGACGAGAGUGGCAUCACUCAGCCAGACCGGCGACUACUCUGUCAGUGCCUAUGUCGACAUACUCAACCAGGAGAAUCUUGAGAUCCCAGGCAUGGCAAUUGGCUGGGAUGACAUUGAGAUGAUGGAUAGCACGAAGAUGCCGAGGCAGGGCAGAUGGCCAUGGCCGAACCCAAUGAUUCGAGUCUCAUUGCUCCGUCUGACGGCUGAUAGCGGUUUGACGUCACGGUGCAGGUGCAUUCGUUCUGAGGGCGGUCAUCGGUCGGGUGCCUUUGCGCGGGCGGUUCGCGAUGCGAGGACGCUGACGCGGCUUGCUUGGCGGUUGAGGUUGACGGAUCCCGAGGUCGAUGAUAUUGUCGAACGUGAUGAGCAGCUGUACAGCGGCAGCACGACCGAUAACGGGCACGAGACUGGCAUCGUCAAGCCGCGAGUGCUCCGGCGCGUGGUCCUGCUCUCAUUCUCACCUACGCUCGAGCGCUUCGUCGACCGAGUCUCCGAUGAGGAUAACCGGACGGAUACCCUCCGAGACCACAUGGCACUGAACGAGAGAUUUGUCAAGUUGAACACCAAGAAUCUGUUGUGGAUGUAG